UUGGGUGCUAAUCGACGUGUCAAGUUUUAAUCAGUUUAGGGUGUCGGGUAUCAUUUUGAGAAAUAGCAAAAUAAAAAUUGUUUAAAGCUUUGACUUUUAUUUUUUUAUUUUUCAUUUAGUUUAAACUUAUUGCUAAGUAAAUGUAGUUGAAGUUUUCAAUGCACGACUAUUGAAGUAGCAGACUACUCAAGCUUGCAUUGACUUCAAAUAUUUGAGGAAUUCUCCCAUUCUACAGAGGAAUUUUCUCAUAAUAAUCAAGUCAAGAUGAUGGAUUAUGAUGAUGAUUUCCUUUUUGAAGAGGAUAAAAUUUUAUAUGUGCCUUAUUUUUUUGCACAAUGCACAUGACAAUGCCUUGGCUCGGUGGAACAGUUUGAUGCAUACAAUAUCAUCGCUCAACAAUCCAGCUGAUUCAUCAAAGCCUGUUGAAGGAGCAAAGUUAAUUGAUAUUUCUGAUUUUCAAACCACCUUGCCUUUGGCUAACGUCGAGUUGCAUCAUAUGAAUAUGAUGGAAGAUCGCAUUCCUAAUGUAGAAAUGAUCAAAGAAGAUCAUUCUACUGCUGAUUUUCAACAGCACAUUGAUCAAAUGGGAAUGACUAUCACUUCAGGAAAUGUAGUCAUAGAAAAAGAUAGCAGUAAUCUUAUUGGUAUCAGCAUUGGCGGUGGUGCACCACUAUGUCCAUGCCUCUACAUUGUUCAAGUUUUUGACAAUACACCAGCUGCCCAGGAUGGAGUAUUGGAAGCUGGAGAUGAAUUAGUAGCUGUGAACAGUGAAUGUUUAAAGGGAAAAACUAAAGUAGAAGUGGCAAAAAUGAUCCAAGCUUGCGACAAGAAAGUGAGCAUCAUUUACAAUAAACUUCAUGCUGAUGUUCGACAGGGAAAAAGUUUGGAUAUUGUUUUGAAAAAGGUGAAACAUAGAUUAGUUGAAAGCAUGGGUAGUGCUACUGCUGAUGCACUAGGAUUAUCAAGGGCUAUUUUAUGCAAUGAUACACUUGUUCAAAAGCUAUCAGGGCUUGAAAAGACUGAAAAUUUGUAUAAAGGACUUGUGACACAUGCAAAAUCAGUUUUACAUGCCUUUUUUGAUCUUUUCCAAAUUUACAAAAUAUUUGGAGAUGCUUUUGCAUCAAUGGGUGUAAAAGAGCCACAACCAAGAGCAAGUGAAGCUUUUACUAAAUUUGCUGAACAGCAUAGACAAAUGGAGAAAUUGGGAAUAGAUAUGUUAAAAACUAUAAAGCCAGUUUUAAGUGACCUUGAAACUUACUUAAUUAAAGCUAUUCCAGAUACACGCAUGACUAUUAGUAAAUAUGCCGAUGCUAAAUUUGAAUAUCUGUCCUACUGUUUAAAAGUUAAAGAGAUGGAUGAUGAAGAACAAAGUUAUAUUGCAAUUCAAGAACCCUUGUAUAGGGUUGAAACAGGAAACUAUGAAUAUCGUUUGAUCCUGAGGUGUCGACAAAAUGCACGAUCAAAAUUUGCGAAAUUAAGAGCAGAUGUGCUUGUGAAACUAGAACUAUUAGAUAAUAAACAUGUAGAACAUGUAGUUACACAAUUACAAAAGUUUGCUAAUGGACUAUCAGAAUAUUAUAAAAAUGUUUCAAAGCUUUUAAUUGAAAAUAACAAUCUAUUCCCAGUCGAGAUUGAUCUUGCUCAAAAUGCCUUCCAGUACAAACCACCUGGUCAGUUGACACCUUACACUGAUGAUGAAGAAGAAGAAGGAGCAUGUGGUUUUGAUCCAAGUAAAAUAUUAGACUUUGAUGUUGCUGAAGAAGCAAGCAGCAUUUCUGAUUUAUGGGAGAAACCUGAACCAAAUGAAGCAUCAGAAUCAAAAAGCUCAGAGGUCAAAAAAAGAUCAGAUUUGAGUGAUUUAGUAGAUCUUAGUGGAUUUACAGAUAUGAAUGAAAAAUUCAAUCAAAUGUUUCUUGCUGAAGAUAGAAGGGAGGCUAAACAACCACAGUUUGAAAAAGGUAAAGAGUCUAGCAUUGCCAGUGACAAAAAAGAUAAAAAUGAGUCAUUAUUACUGAUAGAAGAUAAAAAGGAAAGUGACGAAAAUUUAUUCUUCCCUCUAUUGGAUAUUAAUUCUAGUGAAAAGAGUGAUGGUGCAUUUGGGUCAUCUAUUGAAUCAAAAAAUGCUUCUGAAUCAUUGUCUUUUUUAGACACUUUGGAUGAACAACUUAUUAAUAUAGGAACAAAUUAAUAAAUAAUAAAUUGCUUUUUGUGUAAAUCUUAUAUAAAAAAUGUACGUUUGAUACUGUGUCGUAUUUUAUCUAAAGUUUAACAAAAAACAAAUCAUUACAUCAAGUAAAUGCUUUGCAAAUUAUGUAAAUAAAAGUAUCUAUAAAUGUUUAUCAGGUCAUAUUUAAAUCUGUAAAUUAAGAGUCAUGAUAAUAUAAGUCUGUUACAA